GAUCCACUGUUCGCAUAAACUGUUAUAGUUGCGUUGGAAACAUGAAGUUUUUACAAUUCACGUACAAGAAUAGUGAUGAAGUCCGAGUAGGAUUUCUUUCUGGAGAAAAUGUAGUGGACAUAAACAAAGAAGAUCCAACUCUCCCAUCAACCCUCAUAGAACUGCUAAAGCAAGGUCUAGUAGACAAGGUAAAAGCAAUCAAACCAUCAGCUACAGUGCCAUUAUCUGAUGUCAUUCUAAAAGCACCCAUACACGGCAAUGAUAAGGUUCUGUGUGUGGGGUUGAAUUACAAAGACCAUUGUGAGGAGCAAAAGUUAACUGCACCAUCAACACCAUUUAUAUUUAAUAAAUUUCCAAGUACCGUGAUUGGACCAAAUGAUGCAGUUAAACUCAGAACUGAUGCCAGCCAAGCAGUUGUUUGCGAAGUAGAGUUGACUGUAGUGAUUGGAAAGAAAGCUUCAAGAGUGGAAGCAUCUAAGGCGUAUGACUAUGUUUUCGGCUAUACUGUUGCGCAAGAUAUUGGAGCAAGUGAUUGGGAAAAGAAUCCCAAUAUGGGCCAGUUGUUAUUGGGCAAAGCGAUGGACACUUUUUGCCCGAUUGGACCCUGGAUAGUGACUGCUGAUGAAGUAGGCGAUCCUCAGAAAUUGGACAUCAAAUGCAGCGUUAACGGAGUGCAAAAGCAGAAAAGCAACACCAAUCAAUUCAUUCACAAGAUACCUGAUGUCAUCGCCAGAUUGUCCAAGGUUAUGACUCUACUGCCAGGAGAUGUUAUUUUAACAGGCACUCCGGGAGGUGUUGGGGUUUACAGGAAUCCUCCUGAAUAUUUGCAGCCAGGCGACGUGAUCCGAAGUGAGAUAGAGAAGAUUGGUAUAUUUGACACUAAGAUUGAAGAGUUUUAAUUAUGUAUGCAGGAUGUAAAUAUGGAAAAUAAAUUCAUAAAUUGGUUUUUA